GAAGUCUGAGUUUCCGGAUUUGAACGGACCCUCAGCAAUGUUACACACGGUCAAGCCCAACAACAACAGUGGAGCCGACUGGAUUUUUUCUUCUCUAAGCCCGAAUACAUAAGUUUACAAUACAACAAUUCAGCGAUGGAGGAGGAGGAGGAUGAGUGUCCAGAGUUGGUGCCCAUUGACACUCAGGUGAAGCAGAUACCUGUCACCAUCAUCACUGGCUACCUCGGUGCUGGAAAGACGACACUCUUGAAUUACAUAUUAACAGAACAACACAACAAGCGUAUUGCUGUCAUACUUAAUGAAUUUGGAGAAGGGAGCGCUCUUGAGAAGUCCCUCGCAGUGAGCCAGGCAGGAGAGCUGUACGAGGAGUGGCUGGAAUUGAGGAAUGGAUGCCUCUGCUGUUCAGUUAAGGACAAUGGUCUAAAAGCGAUAGAAAAUCUGAUGGAGAAGAAAGGAAAGUUUGAUUAUAUCUUGUUAGAAACAACAGGACUUGCUGAUCCAGGAGCAGUGGCUUCCAUGUUCUGGGUUGAUGCAGAACUCGGCAGUGACAUUUAUUUGGAUGGGAUUGUCACAGUCAUUGAUGCCAAGUAUGGAAUGCAGCAUCUAGCAGAGGAAAAAGCUGAUGGGCUUGUUAAUGAAGCAGCCAGGCAGAUUGCACUUGCUGACUUGAUCGUUAUCAACAAGAUUGACCUCAUAAACAAGGAGGAAAGAGCUCAUAUCAGACACGCUGUCAGGUCAAUAAACGGUCUGGUCAAGAUUCUAGAAACCCAGAAAUCAAGGGUGGAUCUGUCUGAAGUUCUGGAUCUUCAUUCCUUUGACAGUUCAGAUGGAGUAAAUCUACCAGAGAAACUUCAACUUGUGAAAUCUACAAGGCCACAUCUUGACAAGACCAUUCUAACUGUGACAUUUGAAGUAGCUGGAGAUCUCUCUGAGGAUGCUUUGAACAUGUUUAUCCAGAAUCUCCUUUGGGAAAAGGUGUUGAAAAACAAAGAGGGGAAACCCAUGACCGUCAUCCGGUUAAAGGGUUUAGUAUCAUUUGUAGGUAAAGCCCAACAAGUGAUGCUGCAGGGGGUCCACGAGCUCUACGAAUUGACUGAAACUCCACAACUUUGGGAUGGGAGUGCACGGACCAACAGGCUGGUCUUUAUUGGAAGAAACUUGGACAAGGACAUUCUGCAGGAAGAGUUCGUCUCCACAGUGGUGCAGAAGGCAGAGAACAGCUAGCCAGAUGUUUUCUCAUCUCUUUAUUGGUUAACAGUUGCCAUCAAGCCAGCUGGAUGUGGGAGGACUGCUGUGAUUACUGUGAAGUCUUCAUCAAUAUAAUAGUUUCACAUUUGGAAUAUUGUUUCAACUUAAACAGCAUUUUUAUUGCUUCUUAAAAUAUUUAUUUUUAAAUGUUGGGCAACUCACUAUUUUGCUAAAUGAUGCACAUCAAAUCUGGGAUGACUAAACUGUGUGAAUGUCACU